GGUUUAAAAAAAAAGAGGAAAGUCUAAACGAUCUAGCCAAUGUUUAAAUCACCAGUGAAUCUGCAAACAGAAAAUUUAAAAUUUGAAUGUCGCUUCAAUAUUUAUUCAUAAAUAAGUGAGAUAUCUACGAACAAGGGAGUUAUUCGAAUAAAAAGAUGUGAAUUUGGGCCAGUUUGUACAAUUCAGCGGUUAAAAAGUAAACAAACCAACAUUAUUUUGAAAUGAAAAUUAUUCACGGUAAUUUUUAUCCUUAACCUAGUUCCGGUGUCGAAAACUUGCAUUUCCUACCGGUCAUCUACAGUUUUCCCAAUACAGAGCCAAAAUAUCGUAAUGGUUGUAAUCGGUCACCGUGGACGUUCGAAAAAAAAAUCCAGUGUGUCUGUGUACAAUUACCCCAGCGGUGUGGUUUAUUGGGCAAUGUUUCUCGAUAUCAACGAAAGUGAACAACAUACAGACCGUGUUCCAGCAGUGCCGUCAGUUUGAAUGCUAUGGCUGUGUCCGAUUUUUUGCUCUACUGCUUUAUUAGCGCUUUGCCGGGACCUCCAGGAGUUUCUGUAGACAAUGCCUACGUGCAAUUGAUACCGAUAAACAAACAUAAAUGUCCAAAAAUAGAUCCUGUUAGAGACAUAUCGUUCCAGCUUUACACAAGGCACAACCCACUCCAUCAUCAACGUUUAAUAAUUGGAGACGAUGAGGCCCUUCAAAAAUCGAAUUUCAACUUCUCCCAGCCUACAGUGAUAUUUUUCCACGCAUUUUUCGAGAACAGCAUGUCUCUUACUGCAACGAUCAUAAGAACAGCCUAUUUGCAGAGGGGUGACCACAAUAUAAUACUGUUGAACGCUCCCAGAUUGGAAGCUGGUCCAUGGUACCUCACAGCUGCCAGAAACACAGAGGUGGUCGGUAGGUAUACAGCCAUGUUCAUAGACUAUCUGGUAUCCAGAGGAAUGUACUUGCCUAGUCUACAUCUGGUUGGUUUAAGUCUAGGCGCCCAAAUGGCUGGAGUGUGCGGACAGAAUGUCAGAAGCGGUCGGGUGACUAGAAUCACAGGGCUGGACCCAGCUGGUCCCUUGUUCAAGAAAUGGCCAAAAAACCUGAAGUUAGACGCCGGUGACGCUGAAUUCGUGGACGUGAUCCAUACAGACGCCGGUAUCUUUGGGUAUCCGACGCAAAUUGGUCACGUGGACUUCUGGCCCAAUAGAGGCAUCUCUCCACAACCUGGCUGCACGAUACCGGAAGUCAAAAGGAGGAAUCCUGAUGCUAUCAUUGAGCCAUUGUUCUGCAGCCAUUGGCGUUCGUACCAGUUCUACGCCGAAUCGGUGCUGAACCCUUAUGGAUUUUUGUCAGUGGCGUGCAACAGCUGGGAAGACUACACCCAGCAAAAGUGCGACCCAAACCAAGUUACUAACAUGGGAUUUGCUGUUGAUUACAAUGCCAGAGGCAACUACUACCUCCGUACAAACCGUGAAUCUCCAUUUUCUAUCGAUACCUCUGCAAGGCCUGAAUAUAGUUCCUAUUUCAAUAAACGGUGAUAAAAAAAUUAGAGUUUUUUUCGAACCUUUCGAUAAUAUAGUCAAACCAUAAACCGGUACAUGAAAGCUGUUGAUAAUUUUGCAUACACAGAUUUUCUGGUCUUAACAUAGACAUAAAUCUAGAAAGGUCAAAGGGGUAAGAUUAUCUUCAGAUGUUUCCAUAUCCGAUCUACAGAUUUUGCAAAUUUCAUCUAUCGCUAGUCCCAUGUGGUAUAGAAGGUACUUCUGCCAAUAGCGUAGCAGCCUAACUCGAAAG